AAUGAAAACGAGAAGGGGGAGGGGGAAACACACCCAGUCGAAAAAGAGCCGUGUCUGACAUCGUCCCUGCAUUGAAAGAAAAGAAGGAAUAACAAAGCCAUAGAAAGAGGAGGACUAGAGAUAAUACAUGCAAAUGAGGAGCUGCAUCAGUAGUUGGAGACAGAAAUUCAUUGUGUGCGUGUGUGUGAGGGCAGGCAUAGCACAGUGACUGGUGCUGCUGAGCACCAAUCGCUCUGUCUUCUGUCUGUAAACCCCCUGCAGCUUGGCACCAUCCAGCCAGGCGCGGACGGAAGGAGGCUUUCCAGGGCUUUUUGAUUUGGGAUUUGUAUGAAUAUGAGAGGAUUUGGAAAACGCCGCCGCCACUGCCAACACUGUUCUUUUUCAUAGCCUGUGUGAAACGUGGAGAUCCAUCCAGUUUGCCUCGUUCCCCUCCCUGCAUGGCUGUCAUGGUCCUGACAGAGAAUAAGGGCAUCACCCGGACAUGAGGUUCCAGUUGACCGCAUCACGCACACUCCAGAAUGGGGGCCAAACAGAUAAAAUGGAAGAGACUGUUUUCCUACCUGGCCAGGCGGCUCACCUCACUCCUGUAGUCUGUCUUGUCCCCGUUGCUGAUGAGACCCACCACAGUUGUGUCAUCUGCAAACUUGAUGAAGAGGUUGGAGCUGUAUGUCGGUGUGCUGUCAUGGGUCAGCAGGGUGAAGAGGAGGGGACUCAACACACAACCUUGAGAGGCAAACUGGAUGGGAGUGAGGGCUACCGGACGGUAGUCAUCGAGGCAGGAGGGAGAAGACUUCCCUCGGGACCGGGAUGAUGGUGGUGGCUUUGAAGCACGUGGGGACAGCAAGCACCCUGACUCAAGGAGGUGUUAAAGAUGUCCGUGAAGACAUCUGUGAGUUCAGCUGCACAGUCCCUCAGAACAUGACCAGCCUCAGCUCAGCUAGCCCUGUGCGCUCGCCCAAAGAGGAGUAUGCUGUCACCCGCUCCAGCGAUACGCAUGGAGACGAAACCAUUCGCGAUCAGCCCAAGGAGCAGCGGGGAGGACCAUGCAACACCGAAUCAGAGCUGACAGACAAGAACCUGGCAGAGGAGAUGUCUCUCUGUGGGCUGUGCCCCUCCCUUGGUCAUGAUGUGCCAGAGGAAGACAAGUCCUGGGAGGAGCAGCUGGACGUCCACCAGGAGCAGCUGGAGAAGGAAAUGCACGAGGCCAGAAGGAUGGUGUUCCGCCUUCAGGCUUUGCUCCUCAACGGCUCUCUCCCAGAGGACGACCACGGUGGAUCUGUGAGCUUCGGAGACAACCGGGCUAAUGGCGAGCAGCAGCUGGUUCUCACACGCAGCCGCCUGGACCAAAGCAUGGAGGAGGCCCUUGAUCUCAAGAGGGAACUUCUGAGACAAAAACAGGAUGUGCGCCACAUUCAGGCCAUCAAGGAUGCCCUGCAGCAGCGGCUGUCCGUGCAGGAGGACGCCGUGCUGCAGCUAAAGCAGGAGCUACUGAGGAGCAACAUGGCCAAAGAUCAGUUGGAAGGAGAAAAUGUGGUGCUCAAAGACAACCUGAGCGAACGCAACAAAUUACUGGGCGAAUAUGAGCAACUCGGGAGGAAGGACAGAAUGCUGCAGCAGCUAAAGCAAGACGAGGCUCAGCACAAAGCGCAUGACGUUGGCCACCACCGGUCAUUCAGGAGUGAAGGUGGUUACAGCAGCUCUCCUCUGGCAUUCCAACACAGUGCACCUAGCGAGGAGCUGCAGCUGGUGAGGGAAGCCCUGCGUAGUCUGAGGGACAACUUUUCCGGCCACGAUCCCCAGCAUCACACCCUGGACACCCUGGAGCAAGGCGUGUCCAGCCUCAUGGACCGCCUGCACUUGUUGGACACCCAGCGACAGCAGAACAGAGGGGAGGAAUUUAAAUCGCCUGGCCGCAGAGCCAACUCUUCAGACCGAGACUCGUGGCCACAGACCUCAAAAAUGGCACACUCUCACAGCAGCCCAGGGUUGGAUGCCGCCGUCUCCACAAAAGUGCUCUACUUCACCGAUCGUUCCCUCACCCCCUUCCUCAUCAACAUACCCAAAAGUCUAGGUGAGGUGACGCUGCGAGACUUCAAGGCCGCUGUGGACCGACAAGGCAGCUUCAGAUACCACUUCAAAGCUCUUGACCCGGAGUUUGGCACCGUGAAAGAGGAGGUAUUUCAGGAUGGAGCAGUGGUGCCCGGCUGGGAAGGGAAGAUUGUAGCAUGGGUGGAGGAGGACCAUGGGGAGAGGAGGUAGAAGCCAAAAAAUAAAUAAAAACCUCAGUUGUGUUCACUGGAGCAGAACUUGAUUGAAAACACUUGGGACCAAUGGACUGAAAUAAAGUGUGGGAAUGUUUCAUCUCGAGGAAUGCUCGUUAGACACUGUUUACACCUCAUAAACGUGGAAAUGAAAUCAGUUAAUUUAGUAGUAAUGAUCCAUAAUAAAUAAAAUGUAAAUAACUAUAGUAUUGAUAAUGGAGGGAUGGAUGGAUGUUCACUGCCAUUUUCCACAAGUUCCAGAUUGCCAAAUAGUUGAUGUUUGCCACUGUUCACUUUCAAGCAGUGUUUUAAUAAACAUUAAUUAUCGUA